UCCUGCCCUGCUCCUCUCGCACAUCACACCACGCAGCCUCGCAUGCUGUUCUCUCCUCCGCUGCUGGGAAGCCUCUCUGGAUAUUUACAAAGUUUUACAGACUGACUCUCAUCGCCUCCUAGUGAGCAGCCCGGGCAUCGAAAAGUCUGAUUUUCUUCUUUUUUUUUAAAAGGAGGAGAAUUCUCAAACCACAGGAAAUCCUAUUUUCUAGCUUCAAAAGGAACUUUCCCCUGCAGCAGCUGUGUGAGUCUGUUUGUUAACUUUCACAUCCAGAGAAGGAAGAAAGAAUGCUCAACCUGAGGACUAUAUGAGAAACCGUCUGUGGAUCUGAUUCAAGAAACAAGAAAAGAACGAACAAGGCGCUGACUUGUGGGAAAUAUUAAAGAAAUGACAGAUAUGACCCAUGCUGCCUACGCUGCCGUGGCGUCGUCUGAGAUGCCGGUGGCGCCGUCCUCAGGAAACCUGCUGAGGAUGUUCCGUGAGUACCAGAGCAACUCGGUGAUCUUAGAGCACUACAACUACACAGGCAAGCUGAAUGAGAACAAGUACAAGGAGGGACUCAAACCCGAGGCCAUCGCCUUCCUGCUGGUCUGCGUGUUCAUCGUGGUGGAGAACGCCGUGGUGCUAAUCGCCAUCUGGAAGAACAAGAAGUUCCAUGUUCCCAUGUAUUACCUACUGGGCAACUUGACCCUUUCCGACCUGCUCGCCGGCUUCACCUACAUGGUGAACCUCAUAGCAUCCGGCUCCAACACGCUGAACCUGACCCCAGUGCUGUGGUUCCUGAGGGAGGGGGGGGUGUUCAUCAUGCUGGCCGCCUCUGUCAUCAGCCUGCUGGCCAUCGCCAUCGAGCGCCACGUGACCAUGGUGAGGAUGAAGCCGUACCAGGGGGACAAGCAGGGCCGCAUGUUCGCCCUGAUUGGGGCGAGCUGGGUGUUGUCCGUGUUCCUGGGGGUCCUGCCCGUCCUGGGCUGGAACUGCAUGGGCCAGUUGGACCAGUGCUCCACCGUCCUGCCGCUCUUCGCCAAAAGCUACAUCCUCUUCUGCAUCACCGUCUUCAGCGCCAUCCUCAUGUCCAUCGUGGUGCUGUACGUCCGCAUCUUCCGCAUCGUCAAGUCCAACACUCAGCACCUGGCGUCGGUUCCCCAGCGCAAGGGCCUCUACCGCAAGUCCCAGAAGUACAUGGCCCUCCUGAAGACGGUCACCAUCGUCCUGGGGGUCUUCAUCGCGUGCUGGUCGCCCCUCUUCAUCUUCCUGCUGCUGGACUUCUGCUGUCCGGCCAAAAGCUGCGAGGUGCUCUUCAAGGCCGACUACUUCCUGGGCAUCGCCAUGUUCAACUCGCUCCUCAACCCCAUCAUCUACACGCUGACCAGCAAGGACAUGAGGAAGGCCAUCAUCCGGCUGCUGUGCCGGCCCUGCCUCCUGACGAAGGACGGACACGUGAAGAAGAUCGGGAUUCCCUUCCUGGAGUGCAGCACCAGUAAGACGGACGCGGCCUCUCAGCACCGGCUGGAAGGGCUGGAGACGACCGUGUCCUCCGGGAACUUUACACCUUCAACGAUCAAGGCCAUUUACCCCAGGAUGAGCAAGACAUGACACACGGCUUUGCCCUGAGAGCAAACACUCAGACUAAGAACUGGGGCCACUAACAUGUGCCGAGAAGGGCCGAGGUAUUGAGUUGCACUGCGUCACAGUUUCGGUUAUUUCUUUUUGUCUUCACAAGGAAACAUAAGCUCGACAUAUGUGAUAAAUGUCCAAAUUGGGAGAAAGAAAUAGCUUCUUAAACAGUUUCUAUGAUAGUUUGAUCAUGAAAAACACAUUAAUCUCGUGAAAAACUAGUAUUAAAUUUGUCUCUUCGGACAAAACAAGGCCAGUAUUUGUCAGAGGAAGUUCCAUCUGGCACAAUGUCCUUUCACCCCGUGAAGUUAGAGCCUGCGUGUGGAUGAGUGCAGCCCAGCGUGCUGAGCAUCUGAUAGACGAGGGCCAGAGCCCAGGAAGCAGAUUUAUCCUUAUCUCCGCCCGGCGUGCAGCGAGUAAUCACACGUUGUUACAAACACGGAGCAUCCACACCCAAACUCUGCAGCCAAACCCAUGUAAUUUCUACCAUGUGAGUGUUGGUCAGCGCCGGUGCUGGGGAGAGGUCCCCCCCCCCUCCUCCUCCACCGACAUCACAGGCUCCGUGGGCUGGAGACGCUUCUGAUGACGUCAUAUGGCGAGCUGGCUCUGGGUGGUUUGCAGCUCUGGAGGUCCCUGAACAUAUGUAGCGACACAUGAUGAAUGAGUAGGAGCAGUAAAAGCUGACAAGUGGAGGUUUGUUGACGCCUUUUCUCGGUUUAACAAACUACAAUAUUGCAGUUUCGUGCUCCAGCUUGUGGAGGAAAAAGUCUCCAGAGCUUUGUUGUUGGGAGAAACUUCACCUCACCAGGAAAUGAUGUGAUUCACCUAUUUUUAUCCAGAAAGACGAGAAGGGAGGAUAAAAAUACUCUCGUCUUUCAGAUCAGUGAGCGGCUGGUUUCCAUUGUCUGGACACUUUCCUAAUUAUCCACCUGUAUAUAAAUGUAAAGAAAUGAAAUAUAUUUUCACUGAGGUUUUUUUUUAGUACACAUUGUAAAUAUCUUAAAAUUUGUCUGAGCUGCAUUUUGUACUGUAAAAAAAAACAAAAAAACAUUUAAGUUAUGUCAGUU